AGUCCAGCAUACAAGCAGGCCCGCAGUAUGCAGCCCAGCAUAUACGCAGCUCGGCAUUUCCACAGCGCCGCAUACCGCAGCCCAGCAUACAAGCAGGCCCGCAGUAUGGAGCCUCGUAUCCCGGCAUGCUUGCAUUCUAGCAUUCUCGGCCCACUUCAUUUCAGGCCCACUUGUACAUUAUUACCUACCCGCCAUUGGCAGAACCAGUUUACGAUUAAUCUUGCUGCUUGCAGUCCUUGUGUGAAGAGGCACUACACGAAGUGUUGGCUGAACACAGUGAGCACUGAGCAGUGCAGCCACUAGGCACGAGCCGCACGACUAGUGAGCUGAAUUCAUCCGCAAUCUCUCAACUUGCCAACAUACAAUCAUGGAGCCGGUGAUUUUUGAUGCUGCCAGUGCGAAUCUGGAGGAUUAUCGCGUGGCGGACGUGCCCAGCAGCGUCUACCUGAUCCCGGACUUUAUCAACGCGGAGGAGGAAGCCUACCUGCUGAAGAAGGUGCACGAGGCGCCCAAGCCGCGCUGGACGCAGCUGGCCAACCGUCGCCUGCAGAACUGGGGCGGAUAUCCCCACGCCAAAGGCAUGAUCGCCGAGGACCUGCCCGCGUGGCUGCAGGUGUACGCCAAGAAGAUCGCGCAGCUCGGCGUCUUCGCCUCCGCCAUCCCGAACCACGUGCUGGUCAACGAGUACCAGCCCGGCCAGGGCAUCAUGCCGCAUGUGGACGGCCCGGUCUUCUUCCCGACCAUCACCACCCUCAACCUGGGCAGCCACACCCUCCUGGACUUCCACCAGCCCCUCGACGACGCCCCGGCCCCGCCGAUGGACGCCCACCAUGAAGGACCGGCGGCGCCUCCCUCGCGCUACCUCUUCUCCCUGUACCUCCCGGCGCGCAGUCUCGUCAUCCGGGAGGAGAUGUACAGCAAGUACCUCCACGGGAUCCGCGAAGUCAAGGAGGAUACAGUCGACGAGCGGAUUGUCAACCGGGAGACGUGUGGAUUGACAGAGGGGCAGGUGGUUAAGCGGGACACGCGCGUCUCCCUCACCGUGCGCCUGGCCAGCAAGACCUCCAAGUUCAAGCUCAGCGUCUUGAAAUGAAUGCUCCUUUUAACGCGCUCACGAUGCGGGACGUGAAUUUUCCGGAUUUAAGCGUAGCAGUAAUGUUUUCUGUCGGUUCAUGUAUUUUGCAUCAUUCACAAAGUAUUUCCUUCCUGGUAGGAAUUUGAAUAAAAUGCAGUUUUAAUAUUAAACACACUAAAAUUGAAAUAAGAUUAAACUGUCAAAAUAAAAUUAAAU